GCCACAACAUCGUCUUUCGUUGAGAAACAGGCGACAGGCAUCAUCCUUCCUAGUGGGCUUCCUUCAGCCCUGGCGGCUUACCUCCUCCUCCUCCUGCUCCUGCUGCGCCUGCGUCUCCAUCUUUGGCUUGUCUUGCCUAUUUUUUAUUUUUAUUUUUUUGCUUUCUUGCUUUCUUUCUUUUUAUUUUAUCGGUCGCUGGAUCUGCUUUCGUCAACACUUCCUCCUCCUUGUUUCGUUGAGAUACCCGUCGGCCUUGCUUCGUCUGUUUGGUUCGAUCAUAACAACUGCUUCUCCCUUGCACCAUGGCGUACAGUGGCACAGGUGCACAUUCACCGGGGGCCUACGAUGAGGGCCAGGGGAGCCCUGAGGGCCACCGACUGCAGGAUCUGGGCAACUCCAAUUACGACGAUGAGGCUGCUCGAGGACUCCUCAGUCAGCAGGGCCCCUUCACCGGCGGGCCCUUUGACGACCCCCACCAGCGUGGUGCCUCGCCCGCACGACCCAUCUCGGGCUACAGCUUGACGGAAACGUACGCCGCAGACGCGCCCGCAUACCAUGACCCCUACAACACCGCCGGGUCGACCUAUUCGGCCCAGUCUCUCGAGAGCCCCGCGGCCGCGUUUGGCGUCCCCGGCCGCGUUGCCUCCCCGUAUGCGCGCAGUGAGACCUCGUCUACCGAGGCCUGGCGACAGCGUCAGGCGCCUGGCGGAGCCGGUGGUGGCCUGCGCCGCUAUGCGACUAGGAAAGUCAAGCUGGUCCAAGGCUCCGUCCUCAGUGUCGACUACCCGGCCCCGAGCGCCAUCCAGAACGCCAUCCAGGCCAAAUACCGCAAUGAUCUUGAGGGCGGCAGUGAAGAGUUCACCCACAUGCGAUAUACCGCGGCAACCUGCGAUCCCAACGAGUUCACCCUGCACAAUGGCUACAACCUGAGACCCGCCAUGUACAAUCGCCACACUGAGCUGCUCAUCGCCAUCACCUACUAUAACGAGGACAAGCAGCUGACCUCCCGUACCCUGCAUGGUGUCAUGCAGAACAUCCGCGACAUCGUCAACCUCAAAAAGUCGGAAUUCUGGAACAAAGGUGGUCCCGCCUGGCAAAAAAUUGUCGUCUGUCUCGUGUUCGAUGGUAUCGAUCCUUGCGACAAGGAUACCUUGGACGUCCUGGCUACCAUCGGUAUCUACCAGGAUGGCGUUAUGAAACGCGAUGUUGAUGGCAAAGAGACCGUCGCCCAUAUUUUCGAGUACACCACACAACUAUCGGUGACCCCGAAUCAGCAGCUGAUCCGGCCCACUGACGAUGGCCCGUCGACGCUGCCUCCUGUGCAGAUGAUGUUCUGCCUGAAACAGAAGAACAGCAAGAAGAUCAACUCGCAUAGAUGGCUGUUCAACGCAUUUGGCCGCAUUCUCAACCCCGAAGUCUGUAUUCUGCUCGAUGCAGGUACCAAGCCCGGUCCCAAGUCCCUGUUGCACCUGUGGGAAGCCUUCUACAACGACAAGGACCUCGGAGGCGCCUGUGGUGAGAUCCAUGCCAUGCUGGGCAAGGGCUGGAGAAACCUGAUCAAUCCCCUGGUCGCCGCCCAGAAUUUCGAGUACAAGAUCAGUAACAUCCUCGACAAGCCCCUCGAGAGUUCUUUUGGAUACGUCAGCGUGUUGCCCGGUGCCUUCUCAGCCUACCGCUUCCGCGCCAUCAUGGGCCGUCCGCUGGAACAAUAUUUCCACGGUGACCACACCCUGUCCAAACAGCUCGGCAAGAAGGGUAUCGAGGGCAUGAACAUCUUCAAGAAGAACAUGUUCCUGGCCGAGGAUCGUAUCCUGUGUUUCGAACUGGUCGCCAAGGCGGGCUCCAAAUGGCAUCUUUCCUACGUCAAGGCCUCCAAGGGUGAGACCGACGUUCCCGAGGGAGCGCCCGAGUUCAUCUCCCAGCGUCGUCGUUGGCUGAACGGCUCCUUCGCCGCCGGCAUCUAUUCCCUCAUGCACUUUGGUCGCAUGUAUAAGAGUGGUCACAACAUCAUCCGCAUGUUCUUCCUGCACAUCCAGAUGUUGUACAACGUCUUCCAGACCAUUCUUUCCUGGUUUUCAUUGGCCUCGUACUGGUUGACUACUUCGGUCAUUAUGGACCUGGUCGGCACUCCCAGCGCCUCCAACGGCGAAACUGCCUUCCCCUUUGGUGCCACUGCCACUCCCAUUGUCAAUACCAUCCUGAAAUACAUCUAUCUUGCCUUUUUGCUGUUGCAGUUUAUCCUGGCGUUGGGUAACCGUCCCAAGGGAUCCAAGUUUUCAUAUCUCUCCUCGUUUGUCGCGUUUGGUGUCAUCCAGGUCUAUAUCAUCAUCGAUUCCAUGUACCUCGUUGUGCAUGCAUUCAGCGGUGGCACACCCAUGGACUUUGUGACCGAUCAGGGCGUGGGAGCAUUCCUGAAAUCCUUCUUCUCGUCCACGGGUGCCGGUAUCAUCAUCAUUGCGCUGGCCGCGACCUUUGGGCUGUAUUUCGUCGCGUCGUUCAUGUACAUGGACCCCUGGCACAUGUUUACCUCGUUCCCGGCCUACCUGCUCGUGCAAUCGUCGUACAUCAACAUCCUGAACGUCUAUGCGUUCAGCAACUGGCACGAUGUCUCGUGGGGUACCAAGGGUGCCGACAAGGCGGAUGCCCUGCCCUCGGCCAAGACGACCAAGGACGAGAAGAGCAGCGAGGCCGUCAUCGAAGAGAUCGACAAGCCUCAGGCCGACAUCGACAGCCAGUUCGAAGCCACGGUGAAGCGAGCCCUGACGCCGUACGUUGCCCCGAAGGAACACGACGAAAAGACGCUGGAGGACUCGUACAAGAGCUUCCGAACCCGCCUGGUCACCCUGUGGAUUUUCAGCAACGGCCUGCUCGCGUUAUGCAUCACCAGCGAUGGUCUAGACAAAUUCGGUUUCACGUCCUCCGCCACCGAGCGUACCUCCCGCUUCUUCCAGGCCCUCCUGUGGGCCAACGCCGCCAUGGCCCUCUUCCGUUUCACCGGCGCGUGCUGGUUCCUGGGCAAGACGGGGAUUAUGUGCUGCUUCGCCCGUCGGUAAACGGGCGGUCAUGUUCGCCACCUGUCGGGCUGGCGGACCCCGUCCUUGUGGCACAUUCCUCGAUUUGUAUUCUACAUACUGUUGUCUGCUUUUUUUCUCCACACUGGUCUUUACGUUGUUGUUUUCUUCGCGUCGAUCUAAUGUCAGGGUGACAUUUACGUCUUAGUCUUAGCGAUACACGAAUGGACAUUAUGUCUAGCGUAACCACUACUGGUAAAUAG